CUCGGUCCUCUUCUUCCAUCUUCCCAUCCCUGCGUAUUUAGCAAGUUUUCAAGAUGGCUCAGCUUUCUAGAACAAUACUGGGGAAAAAACGAAGAUUAUCAGAGUCAAAGGCCAGCCAAAGUCAGCCCAAAUUGGAUUCCUCAGGGAAUCACCCACUCACCACACCCAGGAAUCCUGCUCCAGAAUACAGUAUCUAUUUCACUGGCCAGAAAAGCCGCAGUUCCCGGUUGGGAUGUGAGUUUUUUGACCAGCCUGCAAUCACCCUGGCCCGGGCAUUUCUUGGACAGGUAUUGGUCCGGAGACUACCUGAUGGCACUGAAGUUCGAGGCCGAGUGGUUGAAACAGAGGCAUACUUGGGAGCUGACGAUGAGGCAGCACACUCAAGGGGGGGCAGACAGACACCUCGAAACAAAGGCAUGUUCAUGAAGCCAGGGACACUGUAUGUGUACAUCAUCUAUGGAAUGUACUUCUGCAUGAAUGUCUCUAGCCAAGGUGAAGGGGCUUGCAUCCUUCUUCGUUCCCUCGAGCCAGUGGAAGGCCUGGAGAUGAUGCGGCAGCUUCGAAAUGCCCACCGUAAAGGAGCUGCCAGGGCCCUCAAGGACCGGGAACUUUGCAAUGGCCCCUCUAAGCUAUGUCAAGCCCUGGCCAUUGACAAGAGCUUUGACCAGAAGGACCUGGCAGAAGAGAAAACCAUUUGGCUGGAGGAGGGCCCUGAAAGGCCAGGGGAACAUACUGUGGUGGCAGCAGCCCGGAUUGGUAUCAACUAUGCUGGGGAGUGGGCCCAAAAGCCACUCAGAUUCUAUAUCCAAGGCAACCCUUAUGUCAGUGUGGUAGAUCGGAAAGUUGAACAGGAAAUGCAGGCCAGUGGCUAGGGCCCA